GGCUCUCUUUUGUUUCGUUAUUUGUGGACAUUGAACACGAAGAAGUUGUCGGUGUGGGUAGUCGGGCGAAGUUGGCCGUGUUAGCUUUCCCUUCCAAAUUACCUCGAAAGCUACUCAGAUUAAUAUGGCGUACCACGACCAAUCUCAUGUCGCCAGUUCACAGAAAGCUCUGAUGCUGGAAAUGAAGAGCCUUCAAGAGGAGCCUGUCGAGGGAUUCAAAAUAACUCUGGUGGACGAAGCAGAUUUAUACAACUGGGAGGUGGCCAUUUUUGGGCCACCAAACACUCAUUAUGAAGGCGGGUAUUUUAAGGCUCGCAUGAAGUUUCCCAUAGACUACCCGUACUCCCCACCUGCCUUCCGCUUCCUCUCCAAAAUGUGGCAUCCCAACAUCUAUGAGAAUGGAGAUGUGUGCAUUUCUAUAUUGCAUCCUCCAGUGGACGACCCGCAGAGUGGAGAGCUGCCUUCAGAGAGAUGGAAUCCGACCCAGAAUGUCCGAACCAUUUUGCUGAGUGUGAUUUCACUGCUGAAUGAACCCAACACAUUUUCUCCCGCUAACGUGGAUGCCUCCGUCAUGUACCGCAAAUGGAGGGACAGCAAAGGCAAAGACAGGGAAUAUGUGGAGAUCAUCAGGAAACAGGUGACGGCCACCAAGGCGGAGGCCGAGCGCGACGGCGUCAAGGUGCCCACCACGCUAGCGGAGUACUGCGUCCGCACACGGGCGCCUGCCCCAGACGAAGGCUCCGACCUGUUCUACGACACCUACUACGACGAGGACGAUGACAUGGAGGGCGGGGACGGCGACUGCUGCUACGACGAAGACGACUCGGGGAACGAGGAGUCGUGACGUUCUUUCAGACUGAACGUACGCCUCUCCCUUUCCUCUGCCCGGGUUUCCAGAUAUUCUUGGUUCACAACCAAGAAAGAUUGGAGGCGUCACCCUUCUAAACCAAUAAGAGCUUCUUCUUUUUUUUUUUUUCUUAACUCAAGCCUCUGGUUUGUUUCAGAGGUUUAAAAAAUGAUGCCUCACCAUGGUAAGGUCAGACGUUUUAAGAUUUUGCACCAGCACAAAAUUCACCAAUUUCUUCUUUUCCUUGUUUUGUUUUUUUUUUUUUUUUGGGGGGGGUGUUAUUCACUUUUUUUUUUCUUUGGCAGUCCUCAUCAUCACCCAAAACCUUACUUGGACCGAAUAAAUGCUCAUAUUGUCCUUUCAGUUGUUAAAUCCCAUGUUAAGAAUAACGUACGGUGGGACAUGUGUCACUUCCACUGAAAAUAUUUGCACUGGUGCAAACUCUGGAGCAUCACUCAGCCUCUCUCUUGUGCAUAUCUUUGUUUCUUUAAUUGUAACUGCGGAAGUUGCUGGAAGAUUUAGGAAUCCAAGCAAACUGUGCUUUCUUUGUUUUUUUUUUUUUUGUUUUGUUUUGACGGGACAAGACCUGAAUGUAUCGUCGUGUGACGGUGUUUUCAAAGUUCUUGUGCAUGCCAGAACAUCUUCAAAAGUGUUUGGUCUCUUUUACUGUUUACCUGCAUCAUGUUCUGUGAUAACAGAGACUUAUGACGAAGGAGGAGGACCUUGUGCGUCCUGAGGACCGGCCGGCUGAAUGGGGUCAGUUCCCCGCAUACACAUUUUUAUUAACAUGAAGCUGACCUUUGCUGUGUUUCUUCUAGCUACUGUUGGAUGUGUUUCUCUGUUGCUCCGAGUGUGGGGGUCAUGCUAUAUGAAGUAGCUGAGGCUUAAGAGUUGUGUAAGGUGACCAAACAUUCGAGGGGGAGGGAGACGGCACCAGCGGAUGAUCAGAAUUGUAUUAGUCCUUGAGGCCAUUCCCUGAGAGGCCCAAUGGACCCAAAGACCUGCAGCAGUAUGUAACAAGAAAGCCCAAAAUGUUAGACUAAUGUUUGUCAUACUCUUGUCUUUGGUUUUAUUUUCAUGCUUAAGUAUUUUUGUUGUUUUUCGUUGGACAUUAUGCCUGCACUGUUUACUUAAUGAUUAAUGUAUUGAGAUAAUAGGUUCGGCAAAAAAGACUCAUGUGUUGGUAGGCAUACAAACAAGAUGAUCAAAGUUUAUCGGAACUGUGAGUAAAAAUGAAAAAAAAAGGCUGUUGUGUUAUUUUUCAUUAUUCUUCUUUAUGUUGAUUUAGGCUGGAAUAGUUUUGAUAUUAUUUUAGUGUGUGGGUCUCCUGUUUGUGUUUAAUUUUUUUUUGUCACGUCUCUUUACAAAACAUCAUUGUAGUUUGAUUUACUUUAAUUGGGACAUCAUAUUAAAUUUCUCAGGAAAAAAUUACACGUGAUGAAAGAAUUGACACAAGUGAAUAAUUUCCUUUUUUUGUGGUCUUCAGAGUAGGUUUACAGCUUCUGCAAGAACUGUAAUCAAUAUGCACACAUUGCUGUAUGAAUGAUCACAAUAUUGUUUUAUUCACCGGUUGUUUUUUCCAGCUAUUUAAAACGGAGAAAAUAAAGAUGAAUUUGAA